CACAUGUUUUAGCAAGAUGAACAAAAAGGUUUCCUUACAUUUCAGUGCAGGCAGCAAAUACAUCAAUACUGUAUGCAGUUAAAAAUCAGUUACAAAAUACAAAAUUAAUUUCUAUAAUGGCAUCUGGGCUCACAUCACCGGCUUGAAAGAAGAGAGAAAGGUCAGACACAGAAGAAAUACAUCAGAUUCUCUCCUUUGUUAGAAAUUCCCACCAAAGCAUUAAAAAAAUGACCUCAUACAGCACCUUCUAUAUUAAUUCUAGAACUCUAUGCGUGAAGUUGCUCAUGUGCCUGUCUGGCAAUCAUGCAUUUGUGUUCUUGACUAGAAAUCCCACAUCACCUAUGUCCAUCACUGGGGAGGGCUUCCUGCUUGGUGGUGAUGUCAGCUGCUCUGCUUUCCUCUCUGGAGGUGUGUGGAGGAAAAGAGGGCACUUCCAGACAGCCUGUUUACUGAGCAUUCAUUCUGAUUGAUUUGCAGGAAGAUAACAUUGGCAAAUUAAUGAGUGCCCACUCUGAUUUGUUCCUGGGGAGGUUAGAUGACAUUUAUUUCAUCAAAGCAAGUGUUAGCCCAUACUGUCCAAUGCAUCUUCCAAUCAAUUUCUUUAUGGCAAAAAGUCUGUUCUUUGGGGCAAGUGGGUUUCUUGCACAAGAACUCCCAAGCAACUAUAGCAGCGCAGCCUGUACUUGCCGCUAUGCUGUCGAAUUUCACCCCAAAACAGCUACAGUCUGGAAGUGCCCAGAGUCUUCCCCAGCAGAACCACAUCGCAGUCAACGUGCCUCUGCUUUCUCCUCCUUAGGCCUUCAGCUCUGCUCUGUGACACUUGCCUUGGAGGUUUCGGUGGGCAAGACGGCCGUUAUCUUUGUAAAGAAUGGCACGGAUGUCCUCUUGCCCUGCACAUUCAGCUCUUGCAUCGGAAUCGAGAGAGCCAACUUCUCGUGGAUCAGCAAUAGCACUGAAAUAUUCAAAGGAAUCGUCAAGAACAAAGACUCCAAGCCAGAGCCCUACCCGGAGUACAGGUCUCUCAUCAAGUACGAGUUGCCGACUGAUAUUGCCCUCAGCAAGGAUAACCGGGAGUUCAACGUCUCCCUCCUGCUCCUCUUUGCAGAGUUCAGUGACUCUGGGAAAUACACUUGCUUUGUUAAGAACCCAAGGGAGAAGAAUGCCAACCAUAGUGCCACCAUCACGCUCAAAGUGGUCGUGGAAAUGGAGAAGAAGGACAACACGCUAACGGUGAUCAUCGUGUCAGUCGUCGGGGGUGUCAUUGGACUCCUGGUCCUCAUCAUGUUGAUCAAGAAAGUCACCCUCUUCAUUCUCAAGAAGACACGGGAGAAAGAGUGUCUUGUGACUUCUUCAGGAAAUGACAACACAGAGAAUGGGCUGGCCGGCUCCAAAGCAGAACAGAAAUCCGCCCCAAAGGCCUGAGGCUGCUGUGGAACCGGUGACCUGUGUGGCCCUGAAAUCCAGGCCCAGGAGGAAGAGGAGGAGAGUCGACCAUUUCCAAAUGAUUGAUGCUUGAGACACAUGACUAUAUUAUACAGUUGGCUGCAACCAGCACUGCUUCUCAGAUAAGACUGCAGGCAUUGGGCAGGCAGGCUGGGGGGAGGAGGGGCUGUGUGCUCAGGUAGUUCUUAAGCCAUGAAGAGGAUGCUGCCAGGUGGGAUUUGGUAGGUGUGAGCUUGGGCAUCUUCAAUGCAAUGCAGAAGCCUGGGCUGGCAGGUGGGCGUGGUGCCAGGGACUUGGUUCUCCUCCUGGGCAGAGGGCAACCAGCUGAUACAGAUGGGCUGGGAUCCAUCAGGGGAAAUGCUUGGCACCCUCUUCCCUGCCAGCCUCUCACAGGAGCCGAGGCUCAUUUCUAAAGGAUGGGAGGGCCAACACUGCUGGGAUAGAACUUGCACAGGCAAUAGGAGUUUGAAGCACCCCUGGGAGCCAGGCGCCAUUUUGCCUGUACCACUGCUGGAUUUUGUCAUCUUUCCUGCCUCCUGGAGUGGGUGGGAGAGUAGAUAAGCUGCAAACUGCAUCUGGAGCCUGCUGCUCUGUCACCACUACUGCCUGCCCACGCCCUACCUCCCACAAUAGCUAUACAAUAUUUUUUGUUUGUUUUGUUUAAUGCUUGUGUGAUUGUGAGGCUGAGGGGAUAAGAGAAGCAGCCUGGCUCUCAUUGCUCAUGCUGCACCCCUUCGGGGUUGGAGUUCCUAAAGCGGUGCUUGCUCUGCCCUCAGCCGCCACACUGUAGUGAGGAAUGGCACCUAGGCAAGGUGAGCCGUUAAGCCUGGCAGCCUCUUUUCAACCCAACUGGUGAGUCUGGGGCUCCUGAACUCACGGUCCUGGGCCCAACUUACUUGCAUUGGCUCCUCCUCCUGGUCUCCUGGUGAGAGAGGAGAUGGAGAGAGCCAGGAACCUGGCUUCUUGUUUCAGGCCUUUGGACUGCCUUGGAUCUGCCAAGGCCUUAAGUGUGAAGCAAGCCAAUUCCCUGGCGCUCCCCUCCCCUCCUAGCUGGCCUGCCGCUUGGCUCUAUAUCGCUCCUCCUCUCCUGGGCUUCCCGCUGGGAGAAGAGGAAGGGAGUCUCUUCUGUCUGGCCAUGGUCAGGAGCAACUCUGAUGGGAACCUUGCAAGGCUUGCAUGUGUCUGCAGGUUACAUUGUCUUGCCAGGAUCAUGACCAAAACACUUGGUCCAAAAGGCUUUGUCUUCUCUGCUACCCAGCAGACCUAAACCCCCCAUUGCAGGAAGCUCCCCUUUCCUAUGGCAAGUUGGUCCCUCUUUGCUGGCAAAGGGUGGAGGGAGGCCUGGAACCCCUAACCCUCUGACACCACCCAUUCUGUAUUUUACAUCCCACCUUUUUCUCCAAGGAGCUCAACAUGGUAUGCAUGGUUUUCCUGCUCCUGAUUUAAUCCCCAUAACUACCCUGUGAAGGUAGGCUGAGAGGAAUUCAUUGACGCAAGGAUUUCAACCCUGGUAUCCCAGGUCCUCAUCAGACACCCUAACCACCACCACUAUUAUUAUUAUUAUUAUUAUUAUUAUUAUUAUUAUUAUUAUUAUUUAUAUACCACCCUAAAUCCAGAGGUCUCACUCUACCACACUGGCUUGCUAGAGCCACUAAUAUCUCCUCUGUGAUAAUAAUAUAUAUAUAAAAACCUAUGUCCCUGUAGCCAGGCCAAAUGGGGAUCCUGCAAAAUGACACAGACAGAGAAGCAUGACAACCUCACAGCUGCAUCCCCAUCGUUGUGUGUUUGGUUCAGUUGGGCAUUUUCAGAAUUUGGAAUGUUAUCUUCCCCUGUUUAAACUGGGGGAAGAAAUAAAAGUUCGGCACUCUGUAGGAUAGUGGACCCAGAUCCAUGCUGAUUUUGAGCUUACCGCAGAAAUUUUCAGGCUUUUUCUUUUGUUUACCAUGAGGACUAGCAUCAACAACACUAAUACUAAUGAUAAUGAAAGCUAUGCGUUUGCAAAUCCUGCACAAGGUUGUCCUGCAACCCACAAGAGGCCACCUCUUCCGCUUUGUCUGGUCUGGGUGAAUUUGGGCAGGACAGCGUGCUAAGCUCCUGACCUCCCAGAGGUUGGGGAGGAGGGAGGGCAGGAGGGAGACAGUUCUGGGUGGUGCUCCCCACUCCCCUUUCUCAUCGAAGAGAUACAUUUUCUGCGUUUGACAGAAAAGUGGCUGAGAAGAUGCCAUUUGUUCUGGGGAGUAGGAGAAAUGGUCAGCUCCCACCGCAGUAGAGUUCUUUCUCUCGCUUUUUGCGUGCCUUUGAAAUAGUCACAUCCUUCAUCUGUGCCUCAGCUUCCCAUACGAUGGGUAAUAAUAUCAACCUACCCGGGGUGGGGGUGGGGGUGUAAAGAGGCUUGAUUCAUGGUCAUUGUCAGAUGUCGUAAGUGUGUGCUGGCCUUCCUCCCACCCUAAUACACAAAGUGAGCACAAGAAGUUUAGCAGCUGUGGCAGCAAACAUGGAGGGCCUCAGCUCUCUCAAGUGACUUCCUGGCUGUGACUUGCACUCCCCCCCCCAAGCUUUGGAAAGACACCAUCCCCCUAUUUCUGGAUCCUGCUUUGAUUUCUGCUCCUAUGUCUGCUUUCUUUCCUCCUUCCUCUUGACCCCCCCCCCCACGCAAGGAGGUGUGAACAGCAAUAACAGUGCAACCCAGCCUGAGCCAGCAGCAGCAGCAGCAGCAGCCGACAGGACGGGCUGGUGUUGGACAAAUUAACCAGAUUCCUCAGGUUAAUGAAUCCUCUUCACUGGGUGUAGCAGCAAAUCCAAAGAAAAAGAAACUACCACCCCACCCUCCACUUGCACUCCUCUGAACCGUCUGCCUAAGCAGGCUGGUGGACGAGGGUGAAGUCACAGUCUGCGACGUUUGGCAAUAAUGUCAGAAGGUGGGAGCCUGGAAGGGCCAAGGAAGGGCUCCAAUUCACAGCCAGGCUUGCAGGCAGAGCUCCCAUGGGAGUCCCGGAGCAGCCCAGCAGGGGGCACUAGCUGCUUAAGGCGGAGGAAGAAGUUGAGGGGCAGCAUUGGCCAGGGAACCUUCUGCCCAGGAGGACUUCCUGGCUGGGCUAACACUGAUGCCCCCCCCAAUGUUCCUCCCACCUCUGUUUUUAUUUCAAGCUGAGCCUUUGCCCCAGGGCGGGGGCAAGUUGCCACCAGGAGCAGUGGCCAGCUAGACUCUGGUGUGAAACCUGAGCCUGCCCGUGAGAGUGGCUGGUGGGCCAUUGGUCCUGUGCUGGCUUUUGGGAGGCCUGUUCAUCUCCCCUGGUGGCUCUUCCCCUGGCAGUAGGACCCUGAGGAUGACGACCCUGCCUGCAGCUUGCCUCAAGGCCCUGCCUUCCUCACCAAGGGCUUUCCAUCACCAAGCUGUCUUGCGCUUAUGCGUGCCCCCCCCACCCGCCCUGCUCCCUCUGUGAAUACAAGAGACUAUCCGAGCAGAGCUCUUUCUCCCUCCUGAUCCAGCUGCUUCUGCCACAAGGCCUCCCCACUCUGCCCUCCUUCCUUUUCCAAAGAGGCUGGCAGCCUCUGCUGGAGCAAGCCUGGCGCUGCCUGCAUGCGCUCAUGCCAGGAACGGAAGAGGAGGCGGCAGGCUAGCAUAGAGGCUGGGCCAAGCACAGGUGCACCUUUGGUAACCGGUGUUGCCUUCGAGACUUCUCUUUUGCACUCUUCAGCUGUAAUUGGCUUCAUUGCCCUGAAUGAAAUAAAUCGUUUAUAUUUACUA